AAGUAACCUUGAUUAACCUGUUAAAAAAUGUUGACUGGGUUUAUCACACUUGAUGCUAAACAGCUCUCAAACUGCUCUUAUAUAUUCUGGUUUUACUCAGCAUAACUGAAAUAUUCGCUUUGAAAGUCGAAAUUACAAGUUUUAAACGCACAACCCAAUCGAUCAAUAAUGGCCUCUCCAUGUCGAAAUCCUCAGCGAUCCCUGCAAUCGUGGCGCCUGCUGACCGAAAGCCUUAAGUUGUUUACCUUAAAGCUGGACAGGAAUCAGCACUUGGUACGGUUUAAGCUUCCGGGUCAUCGGCUGCUCAGCUUGGAAGAGCGACGAAACUUAAACGAUUCGCUGGGCCAGUGCAUCGCCGGCGUCUCCUUGAUUGCCAAUGUGGUGCGGAGUUGUCAUCUGCGCCUGGACGUCGACCGAAUGCUGCUGCUCGUGGAGCACGGACAACUGGAUGGGCAGCUUAAGAUCCGCGAGGAGCGACUCCGGGUGACGCAAUGCGAGCUGGGAUGCAAGCGACAGGAGCUCUUCCACCAAAUGACCGCCUCGGCCAGGAUGAUCCAGAAAGUGGCGAUGGCCAAGGAGCGCAACCAGGAGUUGGAGCUGCGAAACCGCCAGCUGGAAGAUCAGACGCUGGACAGAUCGGAGCUCUUCGAGUCGCGGUGUGUGAUGCUGUGCGGCCGGGCCUUUGACCUCAGUCAAGAGCUGAUUCAGACAAGGAUGCGGAUCAACGAGUUUGAGAACGCCUGCACGCAGUUGCGAAGGCGCAUCAUGGAGCUGAAGCUGCGACGCGUCCAACGGAGACGACUGCUCGGCGAGCUGGUGCUGCGACUGCGACUGGCCCAGGAGCAACAGGUGCCCCCCAUCCUAUGGCGGCUCUGGCACUGCCUGCGAUUCCUGUGGAACUGUGUGGAGUGUCUGGGCCAUCCCACCGGCAAGUUGGGUGCCAUCAAUUGCUUCAUGGCGGGCUUUUAAUACCUCGCGAUUUGUCUUCACGCGCCCUGAUGGCCAACAGUGUGACCAGCUACCCAGCAGAUUUUGUAUUUUUAACAGUGUUCGUUAACGUCUUGUUUAUGAUUGAAAUAAAAUACCAAUGAAAAAAGGCA